AUGAAAUCUACACUAUCUAGGAUAAAGCAAAACUCAGGUUCUUCAACAGCUAGUCCGUCAACGACGAUAUGGCCAACAGAUGGAGGUUGCCUUUUUGGAACUGUUCCUAUUAAGAUAAUUACAAAGGAUGAUCUUAUUAGACGAAGACGUAUGCCACUGCCAGAAAAUGUUACAUUCGACGCUAAAUUGGCUGAUAGCAACAACAAUAUUGAGCCAAAAGGAGGAUACAUAUCUUCACAAGGAUAUAAGGUUGCAAUAGCUCGAACUCCAAAUAAUCCAAAUAAUAAAUUUGCGGGAGCUGCAAUGGUAACUAGUUUGUACAAUCCUCAUGUUAAAGGCCAGCAACACAGUGCAAGUCGAUUAAAAAUUCAAAAAGAAUCAGAUAUCUUACAAGUUGGUUGGAGAGUGGACCCAACAUUAUAUGGGGAUACUGAAACCAGGUUUUUUAUUCAUUUCCAGGCUGGUAAAGCUCAUUGCUUCAAUACGCUUUGUCCUGGCUUUGUACAAGUAAACAAUGAGAUACCUCUUGAUCUUUCAUACCAGGAUACUAUUUCACAACGUGGCAGGAAUACUUGGGAGGUUAUGAUGUACAUUGAUCGG